AUGGCUAGAUCGCCUAGACCCCACCGGAUAAAGAGUAGUCGAGAGCGCGGCGCGCAUCUGGGUCAUGCGGCCAUGGCGCCACGUGUCGUCUGGAGGCUUCUCCUCGUGAGCGGGCUCGUGAGCCUCUUGGGGUUCGCGUCGGCGCCAUGUGCGGCGUCUGACGCGCCGGACGGCACGGCGGACGACGACACGGUGCGCGAGUGGGCCAUGCCCGAGGGAAAGAACCUCACACUGCAUGUGCUCGCCGACAAUACCUAUGGCGCCAAGUGCCUAGACGGCAGUCCACCCGGGUACUUUCUCCGGCGCGGCAGCGGUGCAGGGAAGGAAGCAUGGCACAUAUUUCUGCCGGGCGGGGGGUGGUGCGCCACUGCGGAGGACUGCGCUGCGCGCGCCGCCACCGCCAUGGGGUCCACGCGGCCCUGGACGCCUCGCCGCAAGAGCGCGCGGCGCCUGGCGGUGCUGUUCAAGGGCAUCCUGAGCCCCGUGCGGCGGCGCAACCCCAACUUCUACGACUGGAACCUGGUGGUGCCGCUGUACUGCGAUGGGGGCGGGUACGCGGGGCGCGCGGGUUGGAAGAAGGUGAACGAGAGCACGAGUAUCUUCAUGGACGGCUGGCGCAUCAUGAAGGCCGUGCUCUCCGACCUGAUGGAUCGGAGAGGCCUCAAGUCCGCGACGCAGGUGCUGCUGUCAGGGUGCUCUGCAGGGGGUCAAGCGGUGGUGAUGCUGUGCGAUCAGGUGGAGACUCUACUGCCGUCCGCCACCGUCAAGUGCCUCAUGGAUGGAGGCUUCUUUCUCGAUGCCAGGGACAGGAAUGAUAACCUCCGUUUCCGCUCCUUAGUCAAACGUGUUACGACACUACACCAGGCCACUGGAAACGCCCGUUGCGGUAGAGCCCACGAGGAUGAGGAGAAGUGGCGGUGUUUUUUCCCUCAAUACGCUCUGGGCUACAUCGCCUCCACCAUCUACGUGGUGAACCCCCUCUUUGACUACGCUGCUCUGAGCAUCGGCAACCAACUACCCAACAAGACAACCAGCAUCGCACGGUGCCUGCACGACAUAACGGUAGACAUGCCAUCCCUCACUGAAUCCAUCCGGAACAACUCAUGGACGACAAUGAAAUACAAGGAGAACAGCCCGUGCACGGAAGACGAGCAGAAGGCCGUGGUGACUGUUGCCGGGACUAUGUACAAUGAGGUGAAGGCGAUUGUGAAGAAAGAGCCCAGGCACACUCACCUCACCGUCCCUGUAUUCCGCUUCUUCCCUCUGUUCGUCAUCCGCCCAACACGGUACAAGGAGCAGCCGUUCCGUUUCCCGUACGAGAGCGACGGAAAAAGCGGGACCCGUGUUGUGGGCGACAUGGCGGCGGCUUUGAUGACAGUCACGAAGGCGAAGGACGGGUCGCACGUGUCGCUGGACGGCGUGCGCGAAAAGAACGUGGGGCAGCUGCGAAAGCUGAACGCGGCGAUGUUUCCGGUCAAGUAUCAGGAGAAAUACUACAGCGACGCCAUGGCUGCUGGCGAAUACACCAAACUAGCGUUCUACAGCGACGUGCACGUGGGCGCGGUGGCGUGUCGGCUAGAGCGCGAGGCGGGCGGCGGCGGCUGCACGAAGGUGUACAUUAUGACGCUCGGCGUUCUCGCGCCCUACCGCCGCCUCGGCAUCGGCUCGUUGCUGCUACAGCACGUGUUGAGUCAGUGUGAGGCGGAGGGGUCGGGAGUGCGAGAGGUCUACCUGCACGUGCAGACCAACAACGAGGAGGCCAUUGCCUUCUACGCGCGCUUUGGCUUCGCUAUAACGGACACCAUUAAGAACUACUACCGCCGCCUGCAACCCCCCGAUUGCUACGUGCUCUCACGCUCCUUUGGCCCGGGGGCCACUGCCGCCCAGCAGAAUGGCACUGCUGCUGCUCCAGGGCAAUGA